CUCCUUCCCUGCAAGAGCGCAGAGCAGCGGUUCUUGCGCCUGCGCCCUGUGCCGCUGUGCGCUUUGGCACCAGCUCGGAGCCCUUUGUGCGCAUGCGCGCUCGCGCUCCCGCCCUCUCGCUGCGCUCGGCUGAGUCAGUCAGUCUAUCGGAGUCUGUCCUCGGAGCAGGCGGAGUAAAGGGACUUGGGCGAGCCAGUUGCCGGAUUAUUCUAUUUCCCCUCCCUCUCACCCGCCCGGUAUCUCUUUUCACCCUUCUCCCAUCCUCGCUCGCGUAGCCAUGGCGGAGCCGUCGGCGGCCACUCAGUCCCCUUCCAUCUCCUCGUCGUCCUCCGGAGCUGAGCCGUCCGCGCCCGGCGGCGGCGGGAGCCCAGGAGCCUGCCCGGCCCUGGGGACGAAGAGCUGCAGUUCCUCCUGUGCGGAUUCCUUUGUUUCUUCCUCUUCCUCUCAGCCUGUAUCUCUAUUUUCGACCUCACAAGAGGGAUUGAGCUCUCUUUGCUCUGAUGAGCCAUCUUCAGAAAUUAUGACUUCUUCCUUUCUUUCAUCUUCUGAAAUACAUAACACUGGCCUUACAAUACUACAUGGAGAAAAAAGCAAUGUGUUAGGGAGCCAGCCUAUUUUAGCCAAAGAAGGAAAAGACCACUUGGAUCUUCUAGAUAUGAAAAUGAUGAAAAAGCCUCAGGGGGCCAGCAACAACAUAUCAGACUCUCCAGUUUCUCUUGCAGCAGGAGUUCAUUGUGACCGUCCUUCUAUUCCAGCCAGUUUCCCAGAGCAUCCUGCUUUUCUCUCAAAGAAAAUUGGUCAAGUGGAAGAGCAAAUAGAUAAAGAGACCAAGAACCCAAAUGAGGUAUCAAGUAGGGAGGCUAAAACUGCAUUGGAUGCUGAUGACAGAUUCACUUUGCUAACAGCCCAGAAACCGCCUACUGAGUACUCUAAGGUAGAAAGCAUUUAUACAUAUUCUUUGUCCCCAUCCAAAGUUUCAGGAGAUGGUGUUAUUGAAAAGGAUUCCCCUGAAUCACCAUUUGAAGUAAUUAUUGACAAAGCAGCAUUUGACAAAGAAUUUAAAGACUCUUAUAAGGAGAGCACAGAUGAUUUUGGUAGCUGGUCUAUGCACACUGAUAGAGAAUCAUCUGAAGAUAUUUCAGAGACUAAUGACAAGCUUUUUCCACUGAGAAACAAAGAGGCAGGACGUUACCCAAUGUCUGCAUUGCUCAGUAGGCAGUUUUCACACACAAAUGCAGCACUGGAAGAGGUGUCCAGAUGCGUGAAUGAUAUGCAUAACUUUACUAACGAAAUACUGACUUGGGAUCUGGUUCCCCAAGUGAAACAACAGACCGAUAAAUCUUCUGACUGCACCACAAAAACUACAGGACUUGACGUGAGUGAAUAUAAUUCAGAAAUUCCAGUUGUAAAUCUUAAAACUAGCACUCAUCAGAAAAUUCCUGUAUAUUCUAUUAAUGGGAGCACUCCCAUCACUAAAUCAACAGGUGAUUGGGCAGAAGCAUCUCUCCUGCAAGAAAAUGCUGUCACUGGAAAACCUGUACCCGACUCUUUGAAUUCCACAGAAGAAUUCAGUAUCAAAGGUGUGCAAGGCAAUGUGCAGAAACAGGAUGACACACUUGCAGAAUUACCUGGAUCUCCACCUGAGAAAUGUGACUCUUUGGGUUCUGGAGUGGCCACAGUGAAAGUGGUUUUACCUGAUGACCACCUGAAAGAUGAAAUGAACUGGCAGAGCUCUGCAUCAGGAGAAAUCACAGAAGCUGAUAGUUCUGGUGAGUCUGAUGACACAGUAAUAGAGGACAUCACAGCAGAUAUAUCAUUUGAAAAUAACAAAAUUCUGGCUGAAAAACCUGUUUCCAUUCCAAGUGCUGUUGUAAAAACAGGUGAAAGAGAAAUCAAAGAGAUUCCCAGUUGUAAGAGAGAAGAAAAAACAUCUAAAAACUUUGAAGAAUUGGUCAGUGACUCUGAGCCACAUCAAGAUCAGCCUGAUAUUCUUGGAAGGAGUCCAGCUAGUGAGGCAGCAUGUUCAAAAGUACCCGAUAUGAAUGUCUCCUUAGAAGAUGUGAGUGAAGUUGCUCCUGAAAAGCCUACUACUACUGAGAACCCGAAACUUCCUUCAACAGUGUCUCCAAAUGUUUUUAAUGAGACAGAAUUCUCAUUAAAUGUGACAACAUCUGCCUAUUUGGAGUCAUUACAUGGGAAAAGUGUUAAACAUAUAGAUGAUUCCUCCCCAGAGGACCUGAUAGCAGCCUUUACAGAAACCAGAGAUAAAGGAAUAGUAGAUAGUGAAGGAAAUGCCUUUAAAGCAAUAUCAGAGAAGAUGACAGACUUUAAAACAAUUCCUCCUGUAGAAGUCUUACAUGAAAAUGAGUCCGGUGGUUCUGAAAUUAAAGACAUUGGAAGCAAAUACAGUGAACAAAGCAAAGAAACAAAUGGAAGUGAGCCUCUAGGUGUUUUCCCUACCCAAAGUACUCCAGUAGCAUCUCUUGACUUAGAACAAGAGCAGCUCACAAUUAAGGCUCUUAAAGAAUUAGGUGAAAGACAGGUUGAGAAGCCAACUUCUGCACAGCAUGACGUAAAAUUGCCUUCUGAAAAAGUACUGAAGCAAACUUUCACAUUUGCUCCAGAAUCUUGGCCACAGAGAUCAUAUGACAUCCUAGAAUGUAAUGUCAAGAGUGGAUCUGAUCUUGGGAUUUCCCAAAAGCCCACCACUAUCAGAGAAAUUACUAGGGUAGAUGCUGUUUCCAAUCUUAGCAAGACUGAAUUGGUAAAAAAGCAUGUCCUAGCAAGACUUCUGACAGACUUCUCAGUGCACGAUCUGAUUUUCUGGAGAGAUGUGAAGAAGACUGGGUUUGUCUUUGGCACCACGCUGAUCAUGCUGCUUUCCCUGGCAGCUUUCAGUGUCAUCAGUGUGGUUUCUUACCUCAUCCUGGCUCUUCUGUCUGUCACCAUCAGCUUCAGGAUCUACAAGUCCGUCAUCCAAGCUGUACAGAAGUCAGAAGAAGGCCAUCCAUUCAAAGCCUACCUGGACGUAGACAUUACUCUGUCCUCAGAAGCUUUCCAUAAUUACAUGAAUGCUGCCAUGGUGCACAUCAACAGGGCCCUGAAACUCAUUAUUCGUCUCUUUCUGGUAGAAGAUCUGGUUGACUCCUUGAAGCUGGCUGUCUUCAUGUGGCUGAUGACCUAUGUUGGUGCUGUUUUUAACGGAAUCACCCUUCUAAUUCUUGCUGAACUGCUUAUUUUCAGUGUCCCGAUUGUCUAUGAGAAGUACAAGACCCAGAUUGAUCACUAUGUUGGCAUCGCCCGAGAUCAGACCAAGUCAAUUGUUGAAAAGAUCCAAGCAAAACUUCCUGGAAUUGCCAAAAAAAAGGCAGAAUAAGUAUAUGGAAACCAGAAAUGCAACAGUUACUAAAACACCAUUUAAUAGUUAUAACGUCAUUACUUGUACUAUGAAGGAACAUACUCAGUGUCAGCUUGAGCCUGCAUUCCAAGCUUUUUUUUUUAAUUUGGUGUUUUCUCCCAUCCUUUCCCUUUAACCCUCAGUAUCAAGCACAAAAAUUGAUGGACUGAAAAAAGAACUAUCUUAGAACUCAGAAGAAGAAAGAAAGAAUCAAAUUCAUAGGAUAAGUCAAUACCUUAAUGGUGGUGGAGCCUUUACCUGUAGCUUGAAAGGGGAAAGAUUGGAGGUAAAGAGAAAA